GAGCCUUCAUCUGUACCUGCGCCCGACCCUGGCGCACCGCCUCCCUUUCGAGUUCAUGUUACUGGCUCCGCUCGUACGGAGGGCUACUACAAGAUCUCACAUGCCGAGAAGUCUGCGUAUGUGGCCCAAUACGCGUCUCGCAGUACGGUCAACGAAGUGGCGCCCGAGAAGGAGCAGCCGGCUCAACAGAACGUCACUUCCUCGCGAUCCAACCGUGCCAACGCGCGUCGACGUGCGCAAGGUCUUGAAGAGAUCAACCAGGUUCAACGUGCGAUGGCGCUGUCGAAGGGCGAGUCGGCCGCGACGGAGCUCAUCAAGUUCAAUCAGCUGCAGACGCGGAAGAAGCACUUGCGCUUCGCGCGAUCGCCUAUCCACGAUUGGGGCUUGUACGCCAUGGAGAAGAUCUCGCGCGGGGAGAUGGUCAUCGAGUAUGUUGGCGAGAUCAUCCGUGCACAGGUCGCCGACAAGCGCGAGAAAGCGUAUGAGCGCCAGGGUAUUGGCAGCAGCUACUUGUUCCGUAUCGAUGAAGACUUGGUGGUGGACGCGACGAAGAAGGGGAACCUUGGUCGCCUGAUCAAUCACUCAUGCGAGCCCAAUUGCACGGCGAGGAUUAUCACGAUCAAUGGCGAGAAAAAGAUCGUCAUCUAUGCAAAGCAAGACAUUGAAUUGGGCAGCGAAAUUACUUAUGAUUAUCACUUCCCUAUUGAACAGGACAAGAUCCCUUGUUUAUGUGGUUCUGCCAAGUGUCGCGGUUUCCUCAACUAG